AUGUCCAGCCCUUUCACCUUCCCUCUGUGCCUGCUCUGCCACAGCAGCACAGGAGCUGCGCCCGCCAACACCACGAGCGUCGGGUCCCACUUCCACCGCUCCAUGAUCAUGUGUGAGCAGGGACGACGCUUUCCCGACCACAGCUUUGGAGCACUAGGCUGCAGGCCAGAGCAUCUCCUGGAGAUGGGCCUGGAUUCCAGCGCGGCCGCCCAGCAACUGUUGGGGGCUCCCAGAGAAAGCCCCUGGGACCAGAGUCCUGACUCUUGUCCCAAGCUGGUGGAGGGAGAGGGAGACCUGUCAGAGCUGGGGCAGGUGGCCCCAGAGCAUCCUGGCAGGGGUGGUGGAAACAAGGAGAUGGGGGACCACUGGGUCCCCCAGCUUGGGUCUGGACACUGGCACUUCUCAGGGUGUGUGGGUGCAGAAGGCAAUGGCACCUGCUUCCCCCACAAGGAGGCCCCAUCCACGCUCAGCGACCUGCCCCGGCCCUGGGACUACACCUCAGCUGUCACCUGCAUCUCCCUGCCCCUCCUGCCUCAUCAAGAGGAAGCUCUGGGGUUCCCUGGGCCAAAUGCCCCAGAGAUUGGCCUGGGGGGCCCUUGGGCUGCCCGGGCCCCUAGUUUCCCCCUCAGAGACAGCCUGAACCACCUCAACCUGCCCCCACUGCUGCUGCUGCCCACACGCUGGCCCCCGAUCCUGCACCCCCAUGCAUACGGGUCUCCAGACAAACUGCUCGGGGCCAUGGGGGCCCCUCGAGCCCCCGGAGGCUUCGAGUGCGGGCACUGCCACAAGGCCUACCACACGACAGCCGGGCUGGCCCGGCACCAGCAGCUGCAGUGCCACCUGCAGGCCGGGCGCGUCUUCACCUGCAAGCACUGUGACAAGGAGUACGGCAGCCUGGGUGCCCUCAAGAUGCACAUCCGCACCCACACGCUGCCGUGCGUGUGUAGCAUGUGUGGCAAGGCCUUCUCCAGGCCCUGGCUGCUGCAGGGCCACAUCCGGACCCACACAGGUGAGAAGCCCUACACCUGCCCCCACUGCAGCAGGGCCUUCGCUGACCGCUCCAAUCUCCGGGCACACCAGCAGACGCACUCCGGCACCAAGAAGUACCCGUGCAAGGGCUGCGGCAAGACCUUCUCCCGUAUGUCCCUCCUGACACGGCACGAGGAAGCCGGCUGCUGCCUAGCCCCUGAGGGUCCCCCCUGCCCCGAGAGCUGA